AUGGAGACAUUAAUAAACCAAGAAAUCGAUAUGCUUAUUGAAACUCUCGAAAAAAAGCGUAUUCAUCUUAUUGAAAAUUUACACUCAGAAGUACAACAAAGACGUCAGUAUAUACGUGGACAAACCAAUCAAGCUGGAACCAGACUGUCUUCAACUACUAGUUUAAUUUACUUAGGUGUAGAAUUAAUAAAAGAGCGCGAACCAUCUGCUUUUAUCCAAGUGGCUCCUUCAAUUAAACAACGUCUGAUCAGUACCGAGAAUGAAUUAAUUCAAGAAACUCAAUUUUAUCGUGAAAAUUGUCUUGGAGAUUUUCAAUUACGUGUCAGCAAUACCAAUGAUCUACUUGAACGAAUUGAAAGUAUCACUUUGAAUGAAAUCUACCCUCCUCCUGUUCCAAAAAUUAUUUUAUCUCAAUGUUUCGUUGAGAGUAAUAACAUUCAACUAUUAUGGGAUACAAUUAAUACAUCGACUCCAUUAAAAAAUACUGAAAACGAUCAGUGUCAUAUGAAACAAUCAUUUUCAUUCUUAAACAAUACAUCUAAUUCAAAUGAAAUUAAACUGGCGUUUGAUCCAAUUAAAAAUUCAACUAGUACAAAUAUUCAAUUGAAUUCAAGUCAAUCAUUUUGUUGUAAUAAUUUACAUCAUUCAUUAUCUAAUAGUGGAUUGACAACACCUGGAACUGUUCGUUUACGAUCAAACUAUCAUAUACCUGAAUCCGUCUCAGCUUAUGCUUUAAUGACUAAUGCCAAAGAGACCGAAGUCAAUAAAGAUCAACACUUUCAUCAAUCUAUGGAACAUUGUGAUCAUCAUCAUCAUCAUCAACAUCAACAGAUGCCCUCAUUGAUUUCUUCAAAUCAAUGUACACUAACUAUUCCAUCUACUCCAGAAUUGAAUGGAUCAUAUUCAGUGAAUACAUUGCAUAAAAGUAUAACAGUCAAUAGUGAUAUUCGAUUUCUAUCGGCUAUGAAUCAUGAGAAAUCGAUUCAAUUUCAAUUAGAAGUGGAUAAUGGACGUGGUGGCCCAUUCAAAGUUGUCUAUACAGGACCUGAAUGUGUUUGUCGAUUGGAAGGUUUACACUUGAAUACAGCUUAUCGAUUUCGUGUUCGAUCGACCAAUGGAAUUGCUCACAGUGCUUAUAGUGAUAUUGUUACAAUAAAAACAGCUCGUUUAGCAUCAUUUACUAUGAAUCCAUUAUCUGGACCUGCUUUGCCUGUCAAUGGUCUGAAACUAGCUUCUGAUGGGUGUACAAUCAGUGCUCAAGGAGAUCCGGAAGAUCGUGUUCUCUUGGGUGAUGUUGGUUUCUCAGAAGGAAUUCAUUAUUGGGAAUGGAAUAUUGAACAAUAUGAUGGUAGAGGACAGCCUUCAUUUGGGAUAGCACUAGCUCAAGUGAGCAAAGAUAAAAUGCUUGGUCAGGAUGAAUUUGGUUGGGCAAUGUACUUAAAUUCUAAACGUUCAUGGUUUCUACAUCAAGGUGAGCAUAGAGAUCGUACAGAUGGAGGUAUUAGAAUAACACAACAAGAAAUCAAUGAUCAAGGAUUCAGUCAGAAUACAUGCUCAAUAACAACUACAAUCGGUGUUCGAUUUGAUUGUGAACAAGGUCAUUUAGCUUUCUAUUUGAAUGGUGAACCACAUGGUCCGAUAGCUUUUACCAAUUUACAUACAAAACAAUUAGAUCAAUCAAAUCAGGGAAGAGAUAAUGCAAAGAAGAAAUUGAAUUUAUUCUAUCCUGCAAUUAGUUUAAGUUAUUAUACACGUGUUCGAUUAGUAUCAGGUUUAGAAGUACCUAGUGAAAGUGAAGAUUCCAGUGAUUCUUCAGAAGCAGAAUACGAUUUCUCUGUAUCAACUCCUCAGUUCCAUUUCAACUCGAAGGAUUCCAAGAAUUCUUCCAUUGAUCCUAAUGAUAGUAAUAAUGAAUUUGAAAAUAAGAGCACUGUAACUUAUCCACUACCUACCUAUUUAGUACGUUCAACAACUGUGGAGUGUAUUAAAAAAUCAUCAAGUCCUAAUCUAUCACUGAAACUACCUAGAAAAUCGAUUGCUUUACCUAAACUUAUUACAUUCAGUCGCAGUUAGUGUGAAUCAAAAAAAGUAUCCGUCUCAAUCUAGUUGGUUUCUUUUCGCAUAACAAAUGUCCAAAAUCAAUUGUUUGUAUUUCGAAAAAUUAAUAAUUUGUUCAUAAUAUUAUUAUGAACUUGUGCAACUGUACUUUGGCUUUUUUUUCUAUUGUAUUUCGCCACUGAGUUCAUCACAUUCACCAGUUUAACUCUUCUAGUGAAUUUUUGUAUAUAAUUUUCACAUAUUUAUCUAUUCAGGUAAGUUUCUUUCUAUGACAAGUUUGUAUUCCUUUAUAUCUUAG